CAAGGAAGUGUUUUGGUUUGAGUGUCUCUGCAGAGAGUGAAGAGGGAGCCUCGGUUUAAUCUUUGUCAGUGAAAAUCAUCAGCUUCCAUCUUGGCGCGGGCACUCCCAGCAGCUAGUAUUUACUGAGCAAACCUGUUUGCACGUGCCUCGGUGACACCAGGACAUCAUCUCAGUGCAGCCUGAAGCUAGGCUGAUCUAUCCAAAGCCUCAGAGCUGAUCAGAUAGUUUGUGUUUUUAAAAUAGCGUGUUUGGAAAAAAAGGCUUUUCUGCUUUCUACAGAGAGAAAAUGUGUCUGAUUCAACUGGCCACUGGAUAUGUUUGAUGCAGUGCUCUGCUUCAGUAGAUAUCCUCCUUCUGUUAGAUGGGUCGUACAGCAUUGGCAAAGGAAGCUUUGAGAGGUCUAAGCACUUUGCAGGCAAACUCUGUGAUGCCUUGGACAUCAAUCCAGAUAGGGUCAGAGUGGGAGUGAUACAGUUUAGCUCAACUCCCCAGCUAGAAUUCCCCUUGGAUUCGUAUUUAACCAAGCAGGAAGUAAAGGAGAAAAUCAAGAAGAUUGUGUUCAAAGGCGGGAGCACAGAAACGGGACUCGCACUGAAAUACAUUCUCUGGAAAGGUUUCCCUGGUGGCAGAAAUUCCUCUGUCCCUGAAAUCCUGAUCAUCCUCUCGGAUGGGAAAUCCCAAGGCAAUAUAGCAAUACCCGCUAAGCAGCUGAAGGACAGGGGCACCACAGUAUUUGCUGUGGGUGUCAAAUUUCCAAGGUGGGAGGAGCUGCACAUGCUGGCCAGUGAACCUACCGAGCAGCAUGUGCUGUUCGCUGAACAUGUGGAUGAUGCUGCCAAUGGCCUGUAUAGCACCCUCACCAGCUCUACUGUCUGCAGUGCUGUCUCUCCAGGUUGCAAGAUUGAAUCUCACCCUUGUGAACGCAAGACACUGGAGACCGUGAAAGAGCUGGCUGGGAACUAUAUGUGUUGGAAAGGGUCAAAGAGACCAAAUGCAGUGCAUGCAUCUCUCUGCCCGUUUUACAGUUGGAGAAGAGUCUUAAUCAAGCACCCGGCCAGAUGCUACCGAGCUACAUGCGCAGAUCCUUGCGAUUCCCAGCCUUGUCACAAUGGAGGCACGUGCGUUCCAGAGGGAUUAGAAAGGUACCACUGUGUGUGUCCCGCUGGAUUUGGAGGAGAUGCUAGCUGCGCACCGAAGCUGAGUCUGGAGUGCAGCGUGGAUCUUCUUUUCCUGGUGGACAGCUCAUCUAGUACCAGCUUGGAGGGAUUCCUGCGCUACAAGGCCUUCCUGAAAAGGUUCAUCCGGGCAGUGUUGAGCAAAGACUCCCCAGCAAAUGUCGGCGUGGCCCAGUACAGCAAUGAGGUCCAGAUCCCUGUCAAAGUGGGUGAGUACAAGGACGUGCUCAGUCUCGUGAAGAGCGUUGACACCAUGCGUUUCAGCGGAGGGGGAACCUUCACCGGCAAAGCCCUUCGGUAUGUCACGCAGCAUGGCUUUAAGAGUGCUCCGGCUUUCGCAGACGUUCACGACAAUCUCCCGCGUGUGGUUGUCUUGCUCACGGAUUCGGAGUCCCAGGAUCCUGUGGUAGAAGCAGCUAAACAUACCAGAGGCAGAGGGCUCUUCCUAAUUGGCGUGGGCAGCGACUUCUUAAGAGCAGAGCUGGGCGACGUGACUGGGAAUCCAAAGCGGACGGUUGUUUAUUCCAACCCCCAGGAUCUGUUCAACAAGAUCCCUGAGCUGCAGAAAAAGAUCUGCAGCGUAGACAGUCAUCAAGACUGCCAGUCCCAGUCUCUGGAUCUGGUUUUCGCCUUGGAUGCCUCAUCUGGAGUUGGCAGGGAGAACUUUCUGCGGCUGAGGAACUUUGUCAGUAGCAUUUCCCUGCAGUUCAGUAUCAAUCGGGACAUCACCCAGAUAGGCCUUGUGGUCUACAGCAGCAGAGCUCGCACUGCAUUUGCCCUGGACGCGCAUAUCACCAGCUCAGCUCUCCUUCAAGCCAUCAGCCAGGUGCCUUUCCUUGGUGGCUCAGCCUCUAUGGGCAGAGCCUUGCUGCACAUUCAUGAUGAUGUCAUGACUGUUCCGAAAGGGGCGAGGCCUGGGGUGAGCAAGGCCGUGGUUGUGAUCACGGAUGGGAGCGGCACCGAGGAUGCAAUUGUUCCAGCUCAGCAGCUGCGGAGCAACGGUGUGUCAGUGUUUAUUGUCGGGAUUGGGAAUGUGCGGAGGGACACGCUGCUGAGGAUUGCCGGUUCUCCCAACUACCUGAUACACGUUUCAUCUUAUGAUGAUUUGCACAGUUACAAAGACUUUAUCAUUGAAAGAAUAUGUGAAGAGGCUAAACGCCCGGUGAACCUGUGCAAACCCAACCCGUGCCUGAAUGAGGGCGUGUGCGUUCUCAGGAAUGGAAGCUACCGGUGUGAAUGCCAAGGCUGGGAAGGACCACACUGUGAAAGCAGAAUUUUAAGGAGAGAUUCUUCAAGAUCACCGGUCCCUCCCACAAAUUUUCACAUCCAACGAAAUCUGAGUGGUUUGCAGCAGUUUAACAGAGCUCUCCGACAUGCAGAAAGGCUCGCUCAGUCGGGACACUGAGUGGGGCAGUUUCACUGUGCAGUUCUCCCUUCACUAAUGUUUGCUUGCAGUCAUUAAUAUAUAAGAAGAUCUGGCAAGCAACCACCAGGUAUUUCAAUGAACAAUUUAAUCUGGCACAGAGACUGAAAUAAUGUCUCUCCAAGCUCACACAGGACACCAGCUGGGCUUAUCAGUAGUCAAUAUAUUUUUGCUUUUGUAAUAAGUAAAUAUUUUGUGUGCUUCAAUAUUUAUUGACCAUUGCUUUUCCACUCAAAGAUUUUGGUGUUUCACGUACGUUGUUUGAAAGAUCUGUGAGCUGGUAGCAGACUGUUAGAUAAGGCUGGAGUAGAAGGGAGUUUGCCUAAAUAAUGUAUCUGUAAAGGGAGCUAUAUAAAGUGCACAUUUUUAACAGCGAGAGUAAUUAACCAUUGAAACAACUGACCAACCAAUGUGGAGGAUUCUCUGUCCCUUGAAAGUCAUAAAUCAAGACUGGAUGUCUUUCUAAAAUAGCUGCUCUAGCUCAACCAGAAAUUACGAUAUAGAUGGUGAAAACAGGGAUGGCCUGUGUUAUAGAGGAGGUCAGAUGAGGGUCCCUUCGGGGCUUAAAAUCUAUGAAUCUUUAAACUAUAGCUAGGGGUGUGCAAACAGAGUCAGGUUCUCAGCUCCAGUAAAUCAGUUCAGCUCCAUUGGUCUGGCUGUAACUUAAGGUACACUAUUUACCAGCCCCAGUUAAAAAUUCCUACAGUUGAAGUCACUAGAGUGAAUUAUUGGAUAAACACAGGAAGACAAAUGAAAGUGAGUGCUAGUGAUGGGCUUUGUUAUGCUUCACUGAUUUCUUGAUGCCAAAUGCAGUGAUGUUCCCUUGCUUAGCUCUUUUCUUUGUUUGCAUUUGUUUCUGAGUGAUGUAAUAUGGUUUGGCUUAAUGGGCAUUUUUAUUAGCUGCAUUUUUUUUUUUUUUUUUUGGUUAGGAGGGUCCUUAACAUGAAAUAACUCUAAAAUGGAGCUGCAGCAGUUAGAAAGAUUAACUGCAACUGCCAGUGUUCAGGGUAAUAGCAUCUAUUGUUCCAAAGAGAAGAAAACCCCCUUCAUCCAAGUGACUUGCCCCCAUGUUUUACUAGUAACAAAGAUGUACCAAAAGAGAGACAGAUUAUUUCACAGGAUCAUUGUCUAAAGGAAUAUGGUCUAAACCACUCGUGGAGAUUAAUGCUAGCCCUGAAACAGCAGCAGUGCUAUUUUAUACGUUAUGCUGGAAAAAAUAAAGGAGAACUUCCCCUUUG